AUGCAGGACGGUGAUCAAGCUUCUGAAGCAGACAAUUGGAAGGCUUCUCUUAACCUUCCUGAAAGGGACGCACGGUUAAAGACUGCUGAUGUUGCUCCUACUGAGGGCUGUACCUUUGACAGCUUUUGUCUUAAGCGGAACUUAUUGAAAGGGAUUUAUGAAAAGGGGUGGGAGUACCCCUCUCCAGUCCAAAGAUCCAGUAUUCCUGUUGCGCUCACCCGCAGGGAUAUCAUUGCUCGUGCCAAAAAUGGUACUGGUAAAACUGGUGCAUAUUCCAUCCCUAUUUUGGAUUCGAUCGACCCGUCUCUGAAUAAGAUACAAGCAUGCAUAUUAGUACCGACGCGUGAGCUAGCACUUCAAACUAGUCAAAUUUGCAUCGAAUUGGCCAAGCAUAUGGACAUUAAGACAAUGCUUAUGAUUGGCGGAACAUAUCUGAAAGAUGACCUGAUUCGUUUGAGUCAAACUAUUCAUGUGGUUGUCGGAACACCGGGACGCAUGAUUGAUCUAAUGUCACGAGGCUUCGUGGAUCUUAGCUACUGUAAGACCGUUGUUCUUGAUGAAGCGGACAAAUUGCUGUCUGAGGAGUUGAAGAAUGCUGUUGAGAAGAUACUGGAGAAAGUUGAUAAAAAUAGGCAGCUCCUGGUCUAUUCAGCUACAUACCCCGUGGUUGUACAGUCGUUUAUAUCAAAACAUCUCAAAAAUCCAUUCGAAAUCAAUCUCAUGGAACGCUUAACACUCAGGGGCAUAACGGAGUACUAUGCGUACGUACAGGAGAAAUUCAAGGACGAAGCCAACAUGGAUGAGGAAACGAAGAGUGCGCUUUAUUAUGGUAGAGUUCUUCAGCAACGAGAAGCCCUUAACAAUGGCGCCGAAUAG